UGUUAUGGUAGUCCGAACCGUUUCAAUACCUUAUACUGUCUUAGUAAAACAGUUAUUACUUUUGAAUUUGAAUUUUUAUACAUUUUUUUUUUUAUAAGUUGGUUACAUUCGACGAGAUUCCUAUUAACAAGAAACAAGAAAAUAUCUAAUCAAUAUCAGUUUCAUAUACUUAUAUCUUUUUGAAUCGGUUUCUGAAUAAUCAACGUGACAGUGAAAGGAACGAAAAUUUGGCAUACUGUGAGAGUCGGGUAUACGUUUCCCUACGAGCAAGAAAUAACAACAAACCAGAGAAUUAAUACCUAUCCAACAUAAAUAUAACUUAUGAAGCUUAGGACGAACCGGGCGACCAUGUUCGUUAUUUCAGUCAAGUGGCGCUAAGCUGACAAAUCAAAUUAGGUAAAGCGUGCACGUUAAACGGACGGUGCCAAAACAAUGGCCGUAAAACGUAACACGAGGCCAACGACGUUGAGGCCAUCGUUGCAAGCCGUUGCCCAGUACCAUUUUCGGCCCGUCGAAAACGAAAACAAUAUGACGUAUUGCUUAGCGUGCAGCCGCGUACUGGAAAACACGGCGGUCGUGCUCGACUCGCAUUUUGACGGUUGCACGCGCUUGACGUACAUGCCGAAUGCGAGCACGGUGUUCGCUUGCGGACCGUGUUCGUUGAACACCGACAGUUUCGAACACUGGAAGCACUUACACGUGUGGUCGAACGCCCACUGGGACCGGUGCGCGAUCGAAAACGAGACGCUUGUCUCGUACUCGUGUGACACUUGUGAAACGGUAAUGUACGACACCGACGGUAACGUAAGGGCCCACUUAUCGAACGAACAAUGUCACAAGCCCGACUUGCCGCACGUGGUCGAGUUGAUGGCGCACGUGUUGGAAGUGUUCAAGGAGCGGUCCAAGUGCAAGCCGCUGUACUUUUGCGAUCCGUGCAAACAGUUUUCCUACGCGCCCGUACACCCGGACUACCGUUGUCAGAACGCCGACGAAGCGGUCGAACCGUUUUAUUGCCGUUUCUGCCGAGUCAUGUUCGUCUGUCACGCCGACACAUACGUUUUGCAUCUGUCUUCGUUGGAACAUCUGGCCCUGUCCACCGAGACCAACUUGGUCUGCGACGACGCCUGGAAACUUCCGCAGAUCGUCAGGUCUCGGUUCGUCCGGCUGAACGCCAACGCAUGUGUGUACUGUGCCAGUUGCCAUCUAGUGGUGGCGUCCGACUCUGCCAGCGUCGUGGAACACUUGAAAAAGUGCGUGGGAAUCGCGGUCGCCGGCUCUGCGGUGGCCGAGAAAAGCGAUUGUGCGACGUCGCGGCCGACGAGACGAUUCUGCUGUGGCGUCUGCGACGCGGUCGCCGUCGACACAAACGGUUGGGAACGUCACGUGUUGACGGCUUCGCAUCUGACCAGCUGUUCCGACCGGACGCAACACCACGGGUACUUCGAGUGCAGAUCGUGCCGGUCGCUGUUGUUCGGCACACCGAAACAAGCGCAAGCUGCCGAGUCGUUGGCUCACGACGUCGGGACGGACGAACGCCACACGUUUGCGCUGUUGCGGCCGUCCGAGCUGAUGGACAUGGUGUACAAGGCGUUUAACGCGGACCCGCUCAGCCCGGCCGUAUUCUUUUACUACGAGGCUACCGGCAACUUUGGCCGGUGCGAGCGCAAUGUCGAGCCCGCCGCGGUGCCUCAUUACUGUCGCACGUGUCGCAUAGAAUUCUACGGCGGACGUGAGACGUAUGAACAACACGAGUUGACGUGUGAACACAUACUGAUCAAGUACUUUGUUCCCGUCAAGUCAGUUGACAGCCAUCUUUUUCCGGGUUUCCAAGUAACCGACGCCAGCCAGACGACCAUUACCAACGCCAUUACAGUGACAAUUGGCAGUUUUUGUUCAACGUUUAAGCGAUUUGUCAGUUUUCUUAACCAAUCAGUCAAAGACAAGCCUUUUGCUUUUUUUCUUACUUUUCUCGCGUGUUAUAUUUUGUACAGCUAUUUUUUCAUCGACAGAGAUUCGAAAAACAAAUAAUUAUAGAAGGAUAAACAUUAUACACAUCAAGAAUGCUAAACUACUAUUUUAGAAGUACCUACAUUUUGUACUUUGUAGUUCAAUUAUAUCAAAUUGUAGUUUUCGUGUUCGAGAUAUACUUUUUCUGUAUUUAAGCACAAUUUUCAAUUGAAAAAAAGUAGCUUUGAUAUUACUCUGCUAUGUAUCAUAUUACAACUUUCGACUUUAGUGCACUAUGAUAUUUGCAACAAUUAUAAUUCUUGAAGUGGUAAGAAAAACGUCUACUGAAUGAAACAUAAGGCCCGUAUAUUUUUCUGAGAGAAGGGAUAAGUAGCGGUUUUUUAAAGAAAAUUUCCAAGUUUUUAAAAAGUCAAUAGACUAUUUGGUAUUUACUAUGUUUUAUAUGCAUUAGGAAUGACUUUUUUAAUUUAAAUCGUAUCUUGUCGCGUCAACCUAUUAUUUAUCCAGAAAAAAUUGACCAGGUUCAACUCAAUUUUCUCGUUUUUAACGCUACAACUACUUCAUAAUAUACCUUGCACCACGAGAGAAGGAACCCGUUGCUCGACCGAAACGCGUUGAUUCCGCGCAUCGCCACCGAUAGGCCACGCCCACGGUCGGCGGCGGCGCUGCAUAUAUAGGGUGUAUCAUAACGUAAACUCGAUACAGUGUGUAACAAGUCACAAGACUCACGUCUUACGUCUUUCAACCACGCGCUUGC